AUGGCAACCGUCCCUCCGCCCAUUGUUGUGAAAACGGCUAGUCCACAAGAUUUCGCACUUGUCACAGCUAUGCGGCAGACCCGAAUCAGUCACAAUUUUGAGGACCAAGACGUUAGCAAUCACCGGGGCCUGUCUUACCAACUCAGCAAGUUGACUAAAUGGAAUUCAUCUCAACCGAUAGUGCUGUGGCCUUUGGGGAUUGGUUUGCGGUCACGCGAUCGUUGGUUCACCCUUGGUGCUCGGGGCAGUGUUGCGUCUGUAUGGUACACUCCGCUCUCGUUUUUUUCUAUCACAAGGUGGACCAAGUGGUUAGAGCGCGAAUUUACUGACCGGAAGGCUUGGGCGACCUGGCAGUAUCCCAGCGCUCGUGCGGCAUGGCGGCUAGGCACCGAAAGGGUGCUACAGCUGAACGAUUCAUUUUUUCUGUCACAAGAAUCUACGCAUACACGCGUCCUCUACCUGUCUGUGCUCUCCAUGCUUAUCCUCGUGAGCUUCGCGGUCUGGCAAGUUCUCUACCUUCGUAGAUACUUCAAGUUGAAAUACCCAACGAGCACGUUAGCAUUGAACCGGUGGAGCAUCUUUGGCGUGAGCUUGUCCAGGCCUGAGGACGAAUUACCCAUUAAACGGAUCGUACGGCUGACUUCCUCUCCUAUAAUUGGCUCGAUCAAGCUCGAGUCGUAUGUUAGUACUAUGCGACUUGGCCGGAUAUCCACGUGUUAUGGAGCUGAGAGCACCUGUUUCUAAUACUACUCGGAGUAGGCCGGAGGUAGGCCAUAGUUAACUUUGUAUAGAUGCUUCCUUGAAUCAUCGAG